AUGGCAACCAGCGAUCCAACCCCCUUCCAAUCCAUCCCCUGGAUAUCAACCCUCCUAAAAGAUGACUCCUUCGUGACCCUCUCCAUCCCCUCAAGAACAAUCAAAUCCUCCGGGGAAGAUAGCCUCUUCUCCAAAACCCUUAGUUCAAAUACAACCCUAUCUGCCUGUCUCAGCCAGUACCGCCCACCAGCAAAUCCCACCAAACCCCCCAAACAAACCCAAUCUCCCGCGUCAAGCACACCCGCCGAAGCUGAAGAACUCCGCCUAUUCUUCAUCCUCGGCUCUGAUCUAAAUGGAUACCCCGGCAUCCUACACGGCGGCAUAGUUGCUGCACUCCUAGACGAAGCGACCGGCCUCUUGUUAGCACUCAAUGGCCAUGUCGGGGAUGCUUCGACACGGGAGGCCAAGAAUGCACAGCCGGGUCCUGUGACUGCGUAUCUGAAUACGAAGUUUUUGCGUCCUGUGCCUACGCCGGGCGCAAUUCUGGUGCAGGCAAGGAUGAUGGAGGUUAAGGAGAAUCGGAAGUGGAGGGUUGAGGGGCAGAUUCUGGAUGGGGAGGGGUUAGUUCUUGCUGAGGCUGAGGCUUUGUAUAUUAGACCGAGAGCGAAGAUUUAG